CUUUGCGAGAUUAAGCUUGCCCAAGAACUUUCCGAGGUCAAUCUUGUAAGAAGAUUAAUAGUCGAGACACACUUUCUCAAGGCGCCCAAAGGUGGAAUACCAGUUGUUACCCUGACCAAACAAAAAACAGGAAGUAAAAAGAGCAUCAAGCAAAUCUAG